AUGGAAGUGCUCGAAGUCCCCGCUGAGGUGAAGAUGCGUCUAGGCUGUCUCUCACUUCAAAACCCACCGCUUAAAAUUGGUGGGCCCACUGAACUGGCCGAUGAAGCUGGGAUUACUGGUGCUCCUACUGAGCUUCAGGAGCCAUUGCUCUGGAAACCCUUGGGUGCUGAAGACUUUGAAAUAUAUGAGGAAUUAUAUCGGGACCAAGGCAUGAUCCAGGCUAGGGCAGAUGCUGAGCAGCUCUUUCUUGCCCUCUUCCGGCGUCUUUUGUUUCGGGAAGACAAUGUUCUUGUCGAAGUAUUCAAGCCACCGGGCCUGAACCGCAAGCAACGCCUCCGACAAAUUUUCUCCGCACUGAAGCAGAUCUUGAAGCUUAAGCUGUGCUCCAUUCCUAUAUCCGUCCUCCGACUCUUGGCUCAUCGCAUUUACGUAGCCUGCGUCACCCAGGGAUGCUCAGCAGGAAUGCGUCCUUUUGGCCUCAUGGAACAAGAUCAGGGUGGAGAUCCUAAUGGAGAUGGCCCCAAUGGAGAUAGCAGUCACCCGGAGUAUGCGCACCUGGCACGGGAUCGGACAAGAGUGUGCUUUACGCGGUACCCACGCCUGCAUGUGGGGAACAAAGCGAUAUCGAAGGCUCCACUGGAACGUUCAGCUACGCCCCUCGGUAGUAACCAGCAGAAGCAGCCCCCUCCUAAAGACGAGCAAGCUUACCCCUUUUCAUUUUUCUCCCAGCAGAAAGUGUCAGGAACAGAACGUCGGGGUGCGCAUGGAGAAGACAUUUUGUACGCUCGCGUGGACGGAUCAUCUGGUCUGCGACCUGCACAGUUCGACGAUCUCGUCGCAGACGUGCUUGGAGAACGUGGGAGUUUGCAGCACUUGCGGUUCCUUAUCUGCAUGUUGCGUCAUUUCUUCACUUUGUCACAAAAGUCGCUGUUUAUUGCCCUCGCAUUAGGCGACUUCAACAGGAAACGCCAUGCCCAGAUCUUCAUUCAAACAAUGCGAGCGAAAGAGACUGAGGGAGAGGUUUCACGGAAGUUGGCUCUUAAGAGGAUGGUCAACAAAAGUCGAGAGCAGAUGCCGGAAAGCACCGACGAUUACCUUGAAUAUGACUUCAAUUCGCCUAGACCGUUUGACUUGACAAUUGGUAUCACCCGGUGCGAGGAAUUCCUGAACUCCACUACCUGGACCGGGUCCGCUUUGCAACGCAUGCGGUCACAACUCGACUACACUCUUGCAAAACAGAUGCUAACAAGGGAGUGCCCAACUCGGGCUUGGCAACAGUCACCUGGUGAGUUGGCCAGCACCUACUAA